AUGGCGACCACGAAAGUAUUCGAUGGCUCCAUGGACGAGGAUGUUGCUCUCGGGAAUAUGGGGUACCAGCAAGAAUUCAAGCGAUCGUUCAGUCUGCUAGAUAUGGUGGGGUUUAGUUUCAGCAUUGUGACCUGCUGGACGGCAUUAAGCGGCGUCUUUAUCAUUGGCAUCCAGGCAGGUGGUCCACCCGUCAUGAUUUUCGGCUGGAUCGGGGUCUGUGUAUUCACCAUGUUGAUUGCCCUAGCAAUGGCUGAGAUGUGCUCGCGCUGGCCAGUGGCUGGAGGCCAAUACUCGUGGGUGGCUAUGCUCGCACCGCCUCGCGUUUCCCGACAGUUGUCAUAUAUCACUGGAUGGUUUAUGCUGACUGGUUCGUAUCUGUCGAAAGUUGGUGCCUACUUGCUGAUGAUUUGGCUAGGACUUCUGGCCAUGGGCGCGGUCAACAAUUCCUUCGGGUCAAAUUACAUUCUGGGCCAAGUUAACCUAGUGUUUCCGGAAUUUAUUAUUGAGCGGUGGCACACCGUCCUGGUUGCCUGGGCUGUGGGGCUAUUUGCUCUCGCCAUCAAUGUGUUCGCACCGCACGCUUUGCAUCGUCUAUCCCGCUUCAUCCUGAUGUGGAAUAUCGCAUCGUUCAUCGUUGUGAUCAUCACCCUUUUGGUAACAAAUCACCCGAAGCAAGAUAAAGACUUUGUAUUUCACGAGUUCCGAAACUUGACAGGUUUUGGCGCUUCGAUGGCCACUAUAGUUGGGAUUCUCCAAAGCUUUUUCGGCAUGUGCUGCUACGACGCACCAAGUCAUAUGACAGAAGAGAUGACCCACGCUAGUCGAGACGCACCGAAGGCUAUAAUCCUCUCAGUCAUCAUAGGAGCUGUAACCGGAUUGCUUUUUCUACUGACCCUGUGCUUUUGCAUGGGUGACAUCGAAGCAACAGCAAACUCAAGCACCGGGGUCCCUGUCAUCCAAAUCUUCUACGACUCAACGCAAAGUAAGGCCGGGACCUGCAUUCUCGCUAGUACAAUCACCGUCAUCAUCAUGAUGUCUUCAAUCAGUCUUGUCGCUGAAGGGUCCCGAUCGGUUUACGCCUUUGCGCGAGACCAUGGGCUGCCAUUUUCAGGCUUGUGGUCUCGAGUCGAGCCGAAGAAGAAGAUACCUCUUUAUGCCAUUUGUCUCACCGGGGUAGUGCAACUGAGUCUGAAUGCGAUUUAUUUUGGCACGGAGACGGGAUUUGCGACGGUGAUUUCGAUAGCUACCAUGGGGUUCUGUACGUUGACAUCUUCGAUCCCAGCCCUGGAGGUAAUCAUGAACCUCACUCGGCUAACGUGGAUUUGA